UCAUCCUUUUACAAUCAUUUCUAACGUAAAGUAUGACUGGCCGUGUUUCAAGGUGCUUGGCUCUCCUGGUUGUCUCCGUGAAUCUGGCCAAUGGUGAUAAACUUUUGUCUUCCAUUGGAAAUGGCGGAUCCCGACGAUUCGUCUUCACUCCCCUUCGAAACGAUGAGCUUCCUUGUGUGGCUGAAAACCUUCGUCAAUCCCAUCGUUAUAUUUGCGACGACGAGGCCAACGUGAUUUGUCUCUCUGGAUGGAAGGAAGACCCAGAUUGGUCCAAAAGAGAUUUACGGAAUCCGUGUCCAAUUCCGAUUUGUGAUUAUCACGGAGACACUUGUCAACACGGUCAAUGUGUCCGACCAGAUGUUUGCGCUUGUGAAGUGGGAUGGCAAGGUCAUCUUUGCGAUACCUGCAUUCCUCUGCCUGGUUGUGUGCACGGAUCUUGCAAUGCCACAUUUGAGUGCAAUUGUGAUCUCAAUGAUCAAGGAGCGCCAAUGUGGGAAGGUGCUUUUUGCGAUCAACCUGCUUGCCCGGAUUGUCAUCCAGACCACGGAUUUUGCUUCGAACCAUUUGAAUGCCAAUGUCAUGAAGGAUGGCAAGGGCCAGAUUGUCAAGAGUGUGUGAAAUUGCCAGGAUGUUUUCAUGGCUCUUGUGAAGAUGGCAAAACCCAUUCUUGUCAAUGUGAUGAAGGUUGGACAGGCCAUCUCUGCGAUCAGCCUCAAUGCGGUGACGGUUGCCACCACCAGAACGGAUUUUGCAUCGAGCCUGACACUUGUAUUUGUAAGCCGGAAAAGGAUCGGAUUGCUCCGAGUGUGUUCCUUACUGGAUGUGCCCUGAAAAUGGCUAUUGUUAUGAGCCCAAACCAAUGUAUUUGUAAUUCCACCGUGGCUGACGAAGAUCGCUUUGAUAUCUGCAACCGGGAAAAAAUCAAUGGUCCAAUGUACAAAGAGCAACAGGGAGAAUGCUCCUUGAAAUGCACCGAGUUUACCGCUUAUGAAUUGCCCCAUGGGACCCCACAUUGGCAUAAGGGCUACUGAAUGUUCAUGGGGUCAAACUGAAGGGCUCUGCA